AUGGGAUCUACAAAUGUUGAACUAGAUGCCAAUGUGAAUCAUUCUGAAGUAAUAUAUUUGGAAUGCGGAAGACACUCUGUCUUAAAACCACAGCCUCUGAUUGUAGGCCAGGUGAGCCACCACACUAUUCAACUUUGUUGGGACUUUGACGAACAACGAAAGGGACCUCAGGAGCAAUGGUUAAAAUUUUCAAUUGAAGAAGAGGAUCCUAAGCUGCAUUGUUACUGCCUAAUUUACACAGGAUAUGCUCGACAGCAUGUUGUGGAAGGCCUUGAACCCAGAACAACUUACAGAUUUCGGCUUAAAGUCACAGAUCCUGCAGGAGAAUCUGUUUACAGUUCACCUGUUUGUGUAACAACAACAAAUGAACCAGUGAGUGGGGACCACCUUCACCGUGCUGUAAGCAGGAAUGAUAUAGAUGAAGUUCUUAAUAUUCUUCGAGGAAGGAAAGUGGUGGUAGAUACACUUAAUAAACUAGGAUUUUCAGCUCUGAUGGUUACUUCACAAAAAGGAUAUUUUAGACUUGCACAAAUUUUGGUAGAAAAUGGAGCGGAUGUGAACAAGAAGAAUUCCAGUGGAAAAGACAGUUUAAUGAUUGCUUGUUUUGCGGGUCACUUGGACAUUGUUAAGCAUCUCAGAAGCCAAGGAGCCUCCUGGCAAUCCAGAGACCUCGGGGGUUGUACACCUAUGCAUUGGGCUGCUGAUGGAGGGCACUGCAAUGUUAUUGAGUGGAUGAUCCAAGAUGGCUGCGAGGUUGAUCCUAAAGACACAGGCCUGGAAUGGACUCCUCUGAUGAGACUAUGUGCAAUAACAGGAAAAGCAGAUGUGGCUGUACUUUUAAUAGAUGCUGGAGCUGAUGUGAAUACUAAAGAUAAAGAUGGCAAAACACCUUUAAUGGUGGCAGCGUUAAAUAACCAAGAAGAAUUGGUCACAUUGUUGCUAGAGAGAGGAGCAGAUCCUGAUAUUAAAAAUGAGUUUGGCAAAGGUGCCCUGGAAAUGGCUAGAGGUUUGAACAGACAGAGUGUGGCUUCGAUAAUAGAAGAUAAAAAAAGGCGAUUAAGUAGUAUGCCAGUUGAGCUUUCUCCAUCUUCUACUUCACAGCUCUGUGAAGCAAGUAAAUGAAAUCCUAAUCUUGCCUGCCAAGGAAGAUAUUGUGAAAACUUGAGACAGCUUUUACAAUCCUCGAGAGAGUGCAGAGGAAUGGAUUCUACUGCUCAUGACAUACCUGUUCAUCCC